UCAUCAUGUUUUAAGGUGACUUGGCAAUUAAUACAUUUUUUUAUUAAUAAAAUAGGUCAUCCUUUUUAAGUACAGUAUAUAUAUUAAUAUAAGUAACUGUACUAAAUGCCUACCCAUUAAGGUAGGAUGAAAAAAAAACUUAAGUUAUUUAAAGAUGUUGUUGUGUGAAGGUUUUAUCUGAAAAGCAGAAUAGUUCAAAAGGAUUAAAUCUAAAUGUGAUUCUUGCCGCUUGUACGAAUUUCUGGAUUCUCCGUAUAAUCUUCACUCUUGAUUGGCUCUCUGCUCCAUGCUGUCUCACUCUGCUGUGUUUUCAAAUUUGACACAUUUCUAGUCGGACAGAUUUCUAUUAAUCAGAUGAGAUUAGUGUUGUGUUGUAUCAGCGGAGCUGGAUAUAUUUAGCAUUAUAAUAAUUCUGUCUAUCAGAUUUUCUCAGACUUUAUCAGACACUAUCAGCCUCUUCUCUUUCCUCUUCUCUUUCCUGUAAAGAUAUGCAGCAAGAGCCACCUUGUCUGUUAUUGCCAUUCUCAUAAUAUUACCUUGACAUUCUGCACUUUCAGUUUUAUAAUUUCUUUAAAAAAUGUAUUUGAAAAGGAAGCGAAUUGGCUUUUCAUUUCAAGGACUGAAAGUUCCUCAAAAAUCCCUCACCGAUUGAAAAGAAUAGUGUGAAAAUAUCACAUACUCUUCUAAGCAGUGUGACAGAGGUUGUAAACACUUUCACAUGGUGUUUUUCUGUUUGUCCACCGUGCAAAGGGUGUCCCUGAGGGCAUGUCUUUUGCAUUCUUCUAACUGGCACACCUAUUGUCGAAAGACCACUGAGUAACCUUUUUGUCACUGGCUACAUCACAACAUUUAUAGACCCAGUUAUUUUUAGUCUUCACUUUCAGCCACAGUCAAAUGAGGAUCCUAGAAAAGGAAGUUUGAAGAAGCCUGCUGUCGAGAGAUCUUGUCCCUGAUAACUUCAAGUUACACUGGUUGUUAUGAGGUGAAGAGUGAGCUGAUAAUGUCUCUGCUUCAAUCAAAGUGACAGGAAAUCAGAUACAGUUUAAUGUGGCCUUUAUUCCCACUCAUGGCAAAAAUACAAAAGGAUGCAUUUGGCAAAACUGUCUGAGCGCUGUAGAUUUCUCACGGCCCUGCUCUGGUAGUGCUCUAGGUUGCGGUUUAUUCUGUCAGCAUGGAAGAUUCAUCAGAGCAGUCCCACUGGGUGUCUCCGGCCCUACUCAGCUCAGAUCCUCUGGCCGGCUUCUCCUCUGAGCCCGGCCUCCUGCCUCCAGGAGAAGUGGGAGAGGCCUUCUUCUCCAGCCAGGACCCCGACUACACUAGCCUGCCCUCCUCCUUCUUCUCCAGCCCGAGCCACAGCCGGGCAGCACCCACCUACAGACACAGCUCGGUUCGACAGGUAUACACGUCACCGAGCCUCCUCAGCAACCUGCAGCUGCUGGACGGGCCCGGCCUGAGCUCCCCCUACAACCCCCCAGCCUCCACGUGGAGCAGCAGCACCCUCACCAAGACCCCGCUGCACUCACACACCCCGACAUCCCUCUACACCCCCUGCAUCACCUCCUCCUCCUCCUACACCACCUCCAGAGACGGAUACUUGUCUCCGGGCAGAGAUAGCAGGGAGAGCCCCCGGCUUCAGGAGGCCCUGAAGGUGGAGCGCCUGAGCCCGCUGGGGGGGUCGGGGGCCGGCAGCAGUUUUCUCAAUCUGACUUCUGCUGCUGGGAGCGUGUACACUCCGUCGAGCCACUCGCACGCACACAUGCUGAGCCCCUACAGCUCGUACAUGACAAGUCCACAAGAGUACAACUCUGCUGCCCUGUACUCCAGCCCUGGAGCGUGGAUCAACCCCUCGUACUCCCCGAAACUUCGCAGUAAAAUGAGAAUAUCGACUCCAGAGGCCAGAGAGUGUGUUAACUGUGGAGCCACAGCCACCCCUCUGUGGCGUCGGGAUGGUACAGGCCACUACCUGUGUAAUGCCUGUGGACUGUACCACAAGAUGAAUGGCCAGAACAGACCACUGAUCCGACCCAAGAAGAGACUGAUUGUCAGUAAGCGUGCAGGUACACUGUGUGCCAACUGCCACACCAGUACAACUACACUGUGGAGGCGUAACGCCAAUGGAGAGCCUGUUUGUAACGCGUGUGGACUCUACUUUAAACUGCACAAUGUCAACCGACCCCUCGCCAUGAAGAAGGAGGGCAUUCAAACACGCAACAGAAAAGUCUCCAACAAGAACAAGAAGAGCAAGAAGGCGGCCAUGUUUGAGUCGUACUCGGAGGGGCCUCAGCCCUCCUUGGACGACAACUGCGGGCCGUUUUCCCUCGGCCCUGGAACUCUCCUCACCUACAGCCACACGCCGCACCUCAUCCCCACACCGUCCCCCCUGCACCCCUCCGCCUCCUUACAAUACACACACCACCACAUCAACACUGGCAUGGUGCCCACACUGGUGUAAUGACAGAACAGGUUUAAUCAGCACGCUUGCUUGCCAGUUAUUUGUGUGAACAUGUACAUAAGUGUUUCUACGCCCGCUGUUUAUUUUCACUGUAUUUUGGUGGAUGUUAUCUGGACAUGCACAUUUACAGUAAACACACUGAUGAGAGAAGUUUUUCAGCUGUAAAUACAAACACAAUUCAGAUUUAACUGCUCCAGUCUUAAACCCUCUUCCAUUAUUCAGAAUGUGAAAAGAUAUUUUGGUUUGUGUUCUUGGUCUGUUUUGUAUUUGCAAAUAUGAUAUUACCAUAUUGAAAUUCUGCAGAG